CAGAGAGAAAGGAACGGGAACGGUGAAGCAAGGCGAGCCGGUGAUCGCGUAGUGGGACCAACAAAGUUACCUAGAUCGACAACAGAUACUUUUCUCGGCAGUAACCACCAAGACAUCAUGACGACACGAUCACUCGCAUCGUCCCCGACGCGACGACCGUCGACCGUCGGCCUGAUCGUCGCGCUCCUUCUUGUCGCGACGGCACAAAUAUGCAGCGGAGCGUACUACGGGAAACUGAUCAGCAAGCUGUCUGAACUUCAUCAUGGCGUGAGCGGCGAAGUUUAUGCCGUUGACGCAAGGACGCUAUUUAUCAAGGAUUUCACUUACGAUGGCGAAGGUCCAGCUGCCUUCUUUUACGCUGGAAACAGCAAGGGUCCGGGCAACAACGGAUUCCGGGUGCGAGACGAACGCGGAACCACGAACGUCCUUAAACGGUACCGCAAGAAGGACAUCACACUGACCUUACCGGACGGCAAGACCUUGAACAACAUCAAAUGGUUUUCGGUUUGGUGCGACGAAUUCUCAGUGAACUUCGGCGACGUCAGGAUACCGCGAGGCUUCGAUUAUCCGAAACCGCAGAAGCUGAAGCCAUUGCAUGGCAUACACGGCGUCAGUUCAGAGCCAGUUGUCAUCGUGGACGCUCAGACCCUUCUGAUACCCAGUUUCAGUUACGAUGGAGAGGCACCUGAUGCCAAAUUCUGGGUGGGCGCCGGUCCGAGCCCCUCGUCGCAGGGUAUCCGGGUGCCCGACGAGAACGGAAAAGAACAGCCGUUACGUCGUUACGAUCGCAAGACCAUCGUGCUAACGUUACCGGGCGACCUGACCGUUCACCAGCUCGGUCACUUUGGGGUAUGGUGCGAGGCCUUCGCCGUGGACUUCGGCCACGUGCAGAUUUCGCCCAACAUGAACGUACCGCCGUCCCUCAAAAUGCUCGGUGUUUCGCCACAGUCGAAACUUAACUGCGAGGUUCUCGAGGACACUUUAGCUUUCGAGGUGCGAUGGGCCGUAGCCGGGGACAGCAUUGUCGUCCAGCUCGUCGCGAAGCUAGAUGUCGGACAGUACAUGUCCUUUGGAUUAUCCGCGGACACGGAGAAGAGCAUGAUGGUCGGCGGGGACGUCACUGUGGCCUGGGUCGACAAGCAGACUCUGCAGGGAUACGCCAUCGAUUACUUCCUGGACGCGAAGUCCCAGUGCUCGGGACGUCGCGGCAGCUGCCCCGACAGGCGCAUACAGGACAACACGGACUCGGUGCGGCUGUUGAAUGCAGCGAUGGUGAACGGUUACAGCAUCGUUACGUACCAAAGACCGCUGAAGGCCAGCGACGAAUUGGAUUGGCCAAUCCUGACGAACAGAUCGCAGGCCAUAAUCUGGGCCAUCGGCCCGUUGAACGAUCGGCAGGAGGUCAGUUUUCAUAGCCACUAUCUGAAGAGCGAUCGGUUCAUCGAGUUUGGCAGACCGCCUGCGUGGAAUUGCCCCAUGCCGGAUCAGGAACCUUCCAAUGAGACGGCAAGCACCAGUCAAAUCGUCUCGAGGAGUUUGGAACGUACACAGGCGACUCCUGCACCGGCUUCCACGAGCGACGCUUGGGAGAUACCACCGAUUCAGUGUUACGAGCCAGAGGAUGGUGUUUUCUACGCGCAGAUGGGGCCCACCGGAGGGAAACACGGUUAUCCGGCCAUUACCGGUCACGUUGGCUGGGGGAUCUCUUGGUACAUCAAUGGAUUGUUGAUACCCGAGGUUAACGUGGUGCGGGGCAAGAGAUACACUUUCGUCGUGGAAGGCGGUUUAGAUCCCGAUAUCCCGGCACGUUAUCAUCCAUUCUACAUCACGGACGACCCGAUAGGCGGCUACUAUCACAAAACAGCGGAGGAGAAAGCGAAAGUGAAGAUAUUCGCCGGUGUGCGCAGACAACGUAACAAGGUCAUCCCCACGGGCGUGGGUCGUCUGUGCAAUUGGGUGCCGAACCCGGAUCAGCCGCCCGCGGACGACUUCGCGUCCUUCGGAGCUUAUCAGCGCACCCUGACCCUCGAGUGCGACCACGGCGAGCCGGGUAUCGUAGAAUGGACGCCCGACGAGAACACUCCCGAUACGGUGUACUACCAGUGCUUCACACAUCGUUACCUGGGCUGGAAGAUCAACGUUCACGACAGCUGCGACGUCAGCGAGCCGUCGGUGGCGCAGGUGGCCAGCGAGAAGCACGAGGUGUACGUGGAGCCGCCCCAGGAUCACCAGGAUCUGGAGUACGGCGCUAGCAUUGCCGUGCCGAGCAAGGUAACGCCAACGGCGGAGUUUCUUCAUCAACAGCAUGCUCAUCAUUCUCAUCGCGAAUACGGCGACCGUUACCCUCAUCAUCAUUCGACGACUAACAGCAAGCUAAGCGUCUUACAUCCGCAGCUACUAACGAACGCCAAUAACAAUUACGAUCGCUUGCAAUCAUCAUCAUCGUCCGAAAACUCGUACGGCGCACGUCCGAAGGACCCGCAGCAGCAGCAGCAGCAGCAGCAGCAGCAACAACACCGGUCGGCCACGAUCGUUCACGAACCAUCAUCUCUUCACGCUGGGACUCAUCUCACGGAGUUCGCGCGGGAGAUGCAACAUACCGCCACUAACCAGGAAUUGUCUAACCUCAUUGCAGAUCACCAGCGACCGUCACUGAGUCACGAGACAAGGUUGCCCUACGUAACGUCGGCCAUUGGCAACACCCAGCUACCGUUCUCCCGAGCGCCGCAUCAUUACGCGAGCAAUUAUCAUCACUACGUCCGCCAUCAGCUUCCUUCGCCUCCUUCUCGUUACUAUCAUCAGCCCGAACCGCCGAGGACCCAACUGAUGAUCAUCCGUCGGCCGGUGUCAAUAACGCGCCAUCCGGUAUUACAGACGUUACAGAAAGCCGCCAGUAUGAUGACGGGUGCAUUAUCGUUACCGUUCUCGUUCGCGUUCUCGCAAACGUCCUCGCCGCGGCCGAUUCUCAUUGAGCGCAAGAAGUCCGUUUACCGACCGCCCAUCGCAAUAACGACGCUGAAGACGACGGCCGACAAGAACAUCUUGCCGCCGUCCGAUAAACACGCGGCGAAGAUCGACUUGAAGCAACGCACGAAACUCGAGGCGAAGAUAGGAUCGAAUUCGGACAUCGCCGAGAACCAGGUGGGCUCCUCCUCCUCAUCUUCUUCCUCUUCCUCGUGGAAGCUUAUGAAGCCCGCGCGCAACACCGGCUUCAAUCCAGAUUCCAUCGUCAUCGAGAGCGGCUUCAAACCGAUCAUCAGAAACGUCGAUAGGGUCGCGCCCGACGUCGCGCAGAAGAGGCUGUCGAUCGCGACGGAGUCGUGGUCGCAGGACGGGGUGCUACGAAAGAACGGGGAUUAUCGUACGAUCGACGAAUUCUCGCCCGUUUUCGUGCCGUCGCUACCCGUGUCGGUCGACGGCGGCAGGAAACGGAAGAAGAAGACGUCUCCCGCACCGCGCUUCCCGCCCCGUUUCGACGACCUCGACGACAUGGAGAUGGCGGCCGAUCUUAGACUGGAUACCUACUAUCUCCCACCGAUCGGCAGGACGAGACCGGAGCAGCUGCCGUCGCCCUCUUCCUCCGGCGUCCUGAUCACUUACGACGGUAAGAAGCUGCGGGACUCCUCAGGCUUGACCAGAUCCGUCUCCGACACCGAGCACCGCGGCAAGGGUCGGCUGACCUCGGACAUUCUUAGCAAAACGCCGCAGUUCGGUAAGUUCCAGGGCGAGCUGCCGCCGCUGAUCCCCGGAGAGGUACGCGUCAACAGUUCAAUCCCCACCUCCUCGUACGGGAAGAAGAACCGUCUGCCGCAAGUCGUCGACCUGCCGCCGAAGACGAGCACGAAGCUGAAGUUGGUGGAGAGGUCGAGGAGAUCGCCGUUGGACGUCGGUCGCACGAUGUCCAGCGCGGACUUCCAGCAGGGCGGCGACCUUGGACGUCGGGAACGAAUCGAAUCGGUCAGCGGUGGAGCGCGCCCCGGCAUCCUCGGAUGGAUCCUUCUAAUCGCGAUCGCGGCGCGCUUCGCGAUCUGAGAGAUCGAUGACCGAUCCCGCGCGUGUCCUCCGACGAAGGCACUCUGUACUCUCGACGGGGUGAGAUCGGAAGACGUUGAUCGUUUUGACCGCACCCGCGCGGCUCACGGCGGCACAGGAUCGUUCGGGAAUGGUAGACGAUAUACUCUCCAACUGCGUUAACACCGGGGAAGGCAUUACUAACCAUUGAGAAAACCGCUGGUUUCCUAUAAAGUAGUACAAUCCGCCUGUCAAGCUCGCGUCUCGUAUCUCUGGUACCUCGAUCCGCUCUCGAUCGCGUUCUUUGCGCGGCGACCAUUAGUCGAAUAUCGAUUGACUCCUACGUUCCUUAGACUGAUAUCGGAUUUGUAUUGCUCAAACAUUCGGAUUUAUAUUGCUGCAAACAUUUUUGCUCGUUUAGUCUUUAUACUGUUGUACUGUGCUAUUGUUUGAAAAAAGAAGUAGAACUUUAUGCAUUAAUUCAUAUACAUUCGGACGCACGUUUUUUUCCCGUUUCGAUAUUAGAGGAAUUGUGCAAGCUACGUGUCUGGUAUUAGAAUUGUAAUCACACGCAAAGAGAGGUAAUAAAUAUUACUAUUUAAAAAAAUAGAUAACAUAAUAUCCGAUAAUAGAGACAGACAUAUUUAUACAUACAUAUAUAAUUGUUUUAAAAAUUAAAUUAAAAUUUUCGAUCUCGAAGAAAGCGAAGAAGCUGAUCAAUAAAUAAAAAAGGAAGACCUGUGUCUUCCUUUUUGUGUGUGACCAUAUUGACGCAAUUACGUAAAUAAGAAGUUAUGCGAAAUGCAAGUUCCAUAUGAUUGUAAUAAAUCUAUAUUUUCUGAUACUGUGACAUUACGACUCACAAUGACAAUGUAUAAUUGUAAGGAAAAUAAAAGUUUCCAAUUAUUAAAGAUAAAACGCCAAAAACCCGAUCGAGUUUCAAAAAUGCCAGUUUACAACUGGCGCAGGAGGCGUUCGCAGCAACAGGUAUUUGUUGAGUUUUGCUGGCAUAUUUUUGUAAAUAAGUUCAAAUAUUUGUUAAUAAAGGUAAAUCUUUUGACACAGUUA